AUGGCAGUGUUCAUUUCCUAUUACACUUCUAUCGGACUCCUACGACGCUUAUCUUCCCCUUCAGGCACACUCUCCACACUUGCUCCAUCCGCCCGAACGAGCCCAUUCCGCUGUACAGUUCAAUCAGCAAUUCCCAAACGCACAAUGGCGACAGCAAUGGCUAAGCGCCUCGAAGGCAAGACGAUCGUCGUCACCGGCGCAUCCUCCGGCAUCGGCCGAAGCACCGCCAAAGAGUUCGCGCGUACGGCGCCUAAGGACCUGAAGCUUAUCUUGACAGCUAGACGGGUCGAUGCUCUGAACCAGCUCGCGCAGGAGAUCAAGGAAGAAGUCGGCGACGGCGUGAAGACAUUGGCUGUGAAAUUGGACGUCAGCAAUCCGGAAGAGGUCAAGAACUUUGUGCCGUCCUUGCCGGCCGGAUUCCAGGAGAUCGAUGUCUUGGUUAACAAUGCCGGGCUUGUUAAGGGUGUUGCCAAGGCUCCUGAGAUCGCCCCGGAGGAUAUCGAUGUCAUGUUCGCCACUAAUGUGACGGGGUUGAUCAAUAUGACUCAGGCUAUUCUGCCAAUUUUCAAGAAACGGGGCGAUGGUGGUCGUGGAGAUAUCAUUAACAUUGGAAGUAUUGCUGGCCGGGAAGCUUAUCCUGGCGGUAGUAUUUACUGCGCUACGAAGGCUGCCGUUAAGUCGUUUACCGAGGCUUUGAGGAAGGAGCUUAUCGCUUCGAGAAUCCGGAUCAUCGAGAUUGAUCCCGGCCAGGUCGAGACGGAAUUUUCCAUGGUGCGAUUCUACGGAGAUAAGCAGAAGGCCGAUGCGGUAUAUGCAAACUGCGAGCCACUUACCCCGGAUGACAUUGCAGAAGUUAUUGUAUUUGCCGCUGGCCGGCGCGAGAAUGUCGUGAUUGCGGACACUCUAGUCUUCCCGAGCCAUCAGGCAUCCCCCGGUCAUUUGCACAAGAAAUAG